AUGGGUAAUGGCAGCAUCGAAGCACAGGGCGUUAUAGGAGAUCAACCUUCGCGUUGCUCGGGCAACACAGCAUCACGGCUAGAAGAGCUCACAUCCGCAUUGCGACCAACACUCCGGCGACACAUUCAGCUCUGGUCGCAGCGAACACGACUGUUUACCAUGGUGAUCAAGACUCCAAAGUACUGA